CCGGGCCGGGCGGUGCUCCCCGGGGCAGGCGGACCCCCCGGGGCAGACGGUGCUCCCGGUGCGGGAGACGAGCGAGGAGAGCCAGCCCGUCUGGAGAGCGCUCAGCAGCAUAAAUCAGCGCCGGGAUCCGGCCCAACUCCCGGAGCAACACCAUGAGCUCAUCCCGGGAACUCCUUCCCCUCCGCCCCGGGCAGCGGGGGGGGGAGCGGCGGCACCGCUGGAGCCCCCGCCGUGGCUCUGGGCGGCGGUGGCAGCGCGGUGCCCCGCGGGCAGCGCCCGAGCCCGCCCGUUGCCACCGGAGCCAGCCCGGGGAUGCUCGGACCGGUCGAGCCGUUUUCCCGCUGAGCACCGGCCAAGGCGGGCGGGCGGCCCGCGGUGUCCCGGUUGUGUUUACUCCUGUUUCCCCGGGCUCCAUAACAACGGAGGGGGCGGGGGGGCGCCCCAGCCCCGUUCCCCCGGCUCCAGCUCCGCGCCAGCGGCUCAACGCACGCCAGCGACCCCGGACGUACGCGCGGUUCACGGGGGCACCGCUCAAGGUGCACCGGGUCACCAGCCCCUGGAGAAGCCCCUCCGGGUCCCUCCCUGCGCUGAAGACGCGGGACAAAGGCACCAUCUCCAAAACGCAGCAGAUCAUAACCCACCUCAGGAAACAGAAGUAUAAUGCCGACUACGACCUCUCGGCUACGCAAGGUGCGGACACGCUGGCUUUCGUGUCCCUGCUGGAAGAGAAACUGCUGCCGGUGCUGAUCCACACGUUCUGGGUGGACGCAAAGAACUACGUGGAGCACACGCGCAAGUGGUACGCGGAAACCGUCCCCUUCCCGCUCAACUUCUUCCUGCCCAACUGCAUGCACAAGCGGCACGUGGAGCGGCUGCAGCUUCUCUGGGGAGACGGCUACAUGGAGGAUGAGGAGAAGCUGGAGAAAGAGCUCUACCGGGACGCUCGGGAAUGCCUGACGCUUCUGUCCCAGCGCCUCGGCUCCCAGAAGUUCUUCUUCGGAGACUCGCCGGCCUCCCUUGACGCCUUGGUCUUCAGCCGCCUGGCGCCACUCCUGAAGGCCAAGCUGCCCAACGGGAAACUGCAGCAGCACCUGAAGUCCCUGCAGAACCUGUGCAACUACUGCACCUCCAUCCUCAGCCUCUACUUCCCCUGGGACGGAGGUGACCCCCCAGCCGGCGCCCCGCGGACCGUGGGUGCUGAGGGCGGCGAGGCGGAGGAGGAGCCCCACAAACGGCGCAACCAGCUGCUGUCGGUGGUGGUGGGGCUGGCGGCCAUGCUGGCCUACGCCUUCCUGAGCGGCAUCGUCUCCAUCCAGCGCGGCAGCACGGGGCCGGCUGCCCGCCAGCCCAUCGCCAUGGAGGAGGAGGAGGAGGAGGAGGAGGAGUGAGGAAGAGCCGCCCAGUCCUUCCUCCCCCUGCUCCCUUGGGACUGUUUUUACACCGUGAGCCUGGCAGCAUCUCUCCGCAUCCCGGCGGGAAUCGCAGCCCUCUGCCACACCAAUAAACCUCCCCCUGUCUCCACUGGCA